CCAACUGAAGUCGGACACCAAAGCAUUACUGAAUAGUCGUGAACGAGUGGUCUGUUCGCUAAUGGCUUCGUUUUGGCUCGUCGUUGCGAUUGGAGGUAGGUUCGUGAUUCAGAUAAAGGAAAAGAACUUGAAUUUUAUGUCGCUGUUGCACGCAACUUUUAGUUAGGUAUAGGCCGAUCGUAAUUUAAACUUCCUGGAGUUUUAAGUUGUCUUCGAUUUCCCGGGUGACAACUCUUACUUCAUUUGCUUUUUUAAAUUUCUGUUCGAUUCUUCGGUGCCGGAUAUGUAUCUUUAUCAUUAUACUUAUAAUUUCUGCUUCGCAAAAUUGGAGCUCUAUGUAAAAACAAAAAGCGUACAAGCCCCGCGUUAAAAAUAUUACGAGAUUAAAAAUAUUACGAGAUUGUUGCUACAAUUGUUGGCGGCCCGGUUUUGCUCAAUUUGUUUACAGUUAAGAGGGAUUGCUUGAGGUGUAAAGCAUAUCGAAAACGCUCGAUAUUCUGAUAUCGUCAUAUUUUGACUUUCGUGUCAAUAGAAUACAACAGCGAUGUUUACGAAGUUCAGCUUUCACCAAAUUUACCUGCUUUUCUGAUGCGUAAUGUUACCGGCGCCGGAGGUAUAGUCUAGAUAGACAUGCACCAUCGCUCUGAGCUUCUUUAGAAGAAGGCAACUUUGAUAUGUACGUUUCGAAAGUUUACUUCAACGACCAUUGUAUCGAUAGAUGUUACACUCCAACUAUGAAAUUUAUACCUCCUGAGUUAAAUCUUUGCCGGGGAACAAAGAAAAUUGAAAUUAAUUAUAAUUCGUAGUACAGGUGGUUAUUUUUUCAAGUCUCAACCGAAUCUACUUGAAAAAAAUUUCGCCAUUUUUAGUCUUUGGCUAUGUGCGUCAAUCUCAAAAGGAAUGUAAUGAAUGUUGUUCUCACUAUUCAAAUUCAACAAUGAAUUCUAGAUAAUGACGAUUUAUAAAUCGACAUCCCAACCGCAACCGAGGAAAACACUUAAUCUUCGUCCUUUGUGGUUCAAACCAGACAAAAGCAUGUUUUUCUAAUGAAGCUUUGUUUACUGUAAGAAUGUAUGAUGCUUCUUCCUCAACAAUAAAGGAGCUAAUACCCCAAAGUCCGUGAUAAAUUCUUUAAAAACAAGCUUUCCUCAGGUAUGACAGGACAAACUUCCUUACUUCAUGUGGUCCUGAUAAAACUUCACGGAAUUCGGUUUCCAUCUCUUUUUUCGAUUUUUCGGUUUGCUCUUGUUGGUGUAUUAGUUAACUAAGCAGAAAAACCGAUUUAAUUUUUGCAUUACGUUCGCACUACGCCACUACUUAAUUUUUCCUUGCUUGAACUGUUUUCAAAGGUGGGCCAUGGCUCCAUCGUUAGUCGUGAAUCACUAGUUGCCUGUAGCCCGCCGAAAUAGUAACUUCUUUAAUGAGCUAGAGGGGUAGAGGUGAGGGGAACUCUCCCUCCCCUCCCCCCUUUCAGUGUGUAAUUACUCACUUCUCGUUUCUUUCAUUGAAACACUCGUAGCAAAACAAUAAUUUUAAGAAAAGCUAUGGUGUUAGGCAUACCUCUGUUCAUUAAACAACAGUGCAGCUAUCGGCUCAGACACUGGAAAGAUAAAAGACGUCACAAUGACGUAAUGGUUCCUGAUAGGUUUCACUCAGUGUUCUGGCUCAGCAUGGUAACACAUUUCCGCUGUUAAACGUAAAAUACACGCAUCUUCCGCUCUCUGUUGAUUUCGACCUCGACGAUUCCUCAAUGAAAAGGGGGUGAGCACCGUUAAAAAAGAUAGUAAGCAGUUUGAAUACAAACAUGAUCACAGCCUGGAUUGUGGUCAGUUUUUCUGGUGAGUUCGUUUAAGGUAUGAUUUAUACAGUCUCUUGUCAGUCAACUCAUCAUAUUUGCUUCAAAGACAUUUGAAGGAUAUAUCUCUAUGGUCAUUUUUAUGGGCUAAUACUCUUGGAUCACGUUCUGUUCUUGAUUUUAUCUUGUCUUAGGAAUCAAGUUCAAUGGUACAUUUUGAAUAUCAGUGUUUCACUUUGAGAUUUGGUUCGAUGAUUUCUUGCAUCUUGUUAUCCCGGCUUCCAUUGCUUUCUUCUGCCUAAAGGCCAGCUUAGGGUUAGCGGUUCCGUCAUGAUUUUUUUUCAUAAAAACAAAUUAGGCUGUUUUGAAUACUUAUAGUAGAUUUUGUCUUAACUCAACGACUUAAAUUUCCCAUAUUCAGAAGUCUCUUAACUAAAUUGUAGAACAGGCGGAAUAACACGCAUUGAUGCCUGUCGAGUAUAUUCAAUUUUUCGGAACAUGUUCGAACACGAACAAAAUACUUUGCAUUUCUUAGCUUCAUAAGUUUCAAAGGUUGCUAAGUGUAUUUUAGUUUCACCCGCGAAUGUAGAAUUGACACUCAUGCUUAAAUAUGUGAAUACGUUAGGACAGAAGGCAUUAACUCGAUGCGUAGGGAAAGGUCGAUAUUCACAGUCGAUUAUAAAGUACGUGAACAUUGCCACACAAUACAAGUCAAUAUUAUUGUCCAAAUGUACCUUUACUGAGAUUAGCGAUUUAAAAAUCAACUUUCGCUCAUAAGUGAAUUUUUAUGUAUUUUUUUUUUCAUAGACAUGGUGGCCAUAUCAUGAUUAAUGGCUGUUGUCAAUACUGGUAUUAGUAAAAUUCUAGAUUAAUACUAAACAACUCGACGUUACGUUUGGUUCUUGAUAUGAUUUCGGUCGCUAUUUUUAUAUUUUCUUAACGUAUUAUUAAUGACGUGGAAAUGUAGCGGUAUAGUUUGGAUUCUCUGUUUUGUAUUCCUUUUUUAUAUUUUCUAACGAUCGUAGUCAGACUUCAAUUUCACCGCUCACAACGAUAGCUCAUUCGAAAGAGAGAGGGCCCCGGCGGAGGGUUGUUCAGGGCACAGAAAUUUUUUUGAGCAUUCCUAUAAUGUAAGAAACUAUCCCAAAGAACAGCAGUGCUUAGGAAGAUGAGAAGAUUCCUCCCCGUUGCCUCUAACGCAAUGAUAAAACAGCUAAUGUUAUGUGGAUCAACUGUUUGGUCGAACUGUUCAAGUGAUAACAUAACGAGAGUCUUCAAGCUUCAAAAACGCGCUGCCCGAGUUAUCUUGGAAGCUGAUACAAGGUCGAACAGCGUGAAACUCUAAGAAAUUAGCGUGGGUCCCUUUCUAUGACGAAUUUAAGUUAAAUAAGAGUACUUUAGUCUUUAAGAAUUUACAAGGAAGCCGUCCUGCUUAUAUGUACGAUCUACUCAAAUUUAAUGCAGACCUACACACACGAGCUGGUCGUUAUACUAAAUUAAAUCUCGCCUGCCCUCGUUUCAAUCGCGAAACCGAGGGAGGGAAGACCUUUAGCGUAUCUGCGACAAGGCUGUGGAACCAACUACCCAUUAACCUAAAAAAAAAGGCGACAACAGUUGCUUCUUGCAUUCUUAUAGACAUGUUGACCAGUUUCAUAAUCCUCGAAUACAUUUUAAUUCCAAUUACGGUACUUUUAGGAUCGUGGGCCACUAGUUAAUCAGUUGAAUUACUGUUGUGUGUUACCCUCCUUAAACAAAGUUGUUAUUUAUUUCUUUGUUUAUAAUAUUUGGGGAACAUUCAAUAAAAAAUUCAGGCAGUCAAAAUAAUUAAAGCUUGUGAAAUUUUGGUGUUGCUUGUGUCUUACAAGAUGCCAUACCACACAGCUGCAGGCGGCUCAGUCGGUUAAAAUCUGCGAGAAAGGCCCAUCUACUUUACAGGUUAAGAUCUUGACAAUUUCUCGAAAGUCGAAAGGAUCUACCUUCACUUCACAUUAAACUCCAGCUGUCUCGCCCUCUUCAGAGGGGUCUAAAAGGAAUCAGGAUUACAAUCUUGAAUGGCUUUCAUUUAAAACAGGGAAAAACUUCGUCAGUAAAAUUAUGUGAAGGGUGUUUUGCCCACAGCAUCCAUAUGAGAACACGACUUAGCUAAAAAAAUCUUGCAGUGACCAUUAUUUCUGAUGAGCUAGCCUUAAAAUACUGUAAGUAAAAACUCAGAGCUCAAAAUUAGGCCGGAAAUUCCCUGUGAUCUCACGUGGAAACCAUCGCAGUUCUAACAAAACUCGACGGGACUUUCUUUUCUCUUUGAGCUUUGUCCACUUUUCCUUUUAGCUCAAAUGACCUCGAACAUGUCAGCAUUUAGAAUGAACUGUUCCUACUCCUCAAGUUAAGUUAUGUUUUCACAUGUUCUUUCUUUGUAUUUGUUGCAGUUGCCUCCCUGACUCUGGCGACAAGUGAUCGUAAGUAUAAAUAUUCGUCUUACAUGUCUGCAUUCUAAUCCACAGUUUUGGUCUGUGUUUAAAUCAACUGGAAUUCUCAUUCUUAGAAAAGAUAUGGUAACAAAAGUGCUAGUUUGAAACACAUUUUAAAUUUUUUAUUUUGCUGGAAUUCUUUCGUCUGCAGUAAGAAACCAAGAGAGUAACUGAGAGAUACUUUCUUUUUCAGCCUGCAUCCCUCCUGGAGAAUCCAUUGAUGCCUCAAGUGGUAACAUUUCCAGCCCCAAUUUUCCCAACAACUAUGACGCAAAAAAUAUUUGUACCUGGAAUAUCACGGUACCCGGUGGGAAAAUUAUCAAACUGACCUUCUUGAACUUUACCCUGGUAGCAGGUGAAAACGAUGACUGUGCUGGAGCGGCAGAUAGUAGUGCCCGGGUCUUUAUCACAAACGUUGCCUCUCACGGAGGAAAACCUAACGACUUUAAGAUCUGUGGUCAAAAGCUUCCCCCUCCUGUUUACUCCGAGGGAAAUUUCAUUCAAGUGAGAUUUGAAUCUCGCACCGGCCCUGUAAACGAAGGGUUCAAUGCAACCUUUGAGGCGAUAGAUGGAGAUUCACGUAAGUCCUUGUGCCAGUUUAUCAGGAAACAUGAUACCCUUAAAGAUAUAAGCGGGAAUUUGAUUUGGGCUUACCCAGCAAAUAAUACAAUACAAACGAUCAAUGAACAGCUAGAGUCUAUAGAAGAAUGUAGUCAAAUCCUCAAAUCCCUACUCUCUAUACAAUCCAUUAUUCCAUUUGAAAUACAAGCUCGUUAACAUCUAUACAGCGAAUACACUAUAUAUAGAAGGAAGUGAAAAGUAUUCAGUGGACCACAGUUGACUUUAAACCUUGUGGAACAAAAAGGAUUAAAACAGGAAGGGGCUUCACGCGCUGAUUUUCGAUCGCAGUUAAGAAAAUGACGUGUCUUUAUUACUAUAAGUAAGAUGAAUUUACCUGAACCUGACACACUUUUGGUUACUCUUUUUAGUGUGUCCAACAGAUAUGAUCCUCAAUGAAACAUCGGGUUCUUUGUCCUCUCCCUUUAAUCCAAGAAACUAUCCAUUCAACCAGACAUGUAGCUGGAAUAUUACAGGGAAACAAGGAUACCGUGUUGAGCUCACAAUACCAGACUAUAAUCUUGAACGUUGUGGUGGCGCUGCUUGCUCGUGUGAUUAUAUGGAAGUUCAGAAUAGCUUCAGUGAUCAAGCGCUGCCUGGAAAACUAUGUGGUACACCACGGUUUCCUCCUGUAAAGUUUUAUUCACUGCACGAAAGCUUGAGGGUGGUGUUUGUGUCCGAUGAUACAAAGAUGGAUUAUGACGGAUUUGGGGCAACUUACAAGCUGUUGAACCACAGUCCUCCAAGUAAGUAGAGAAAACAACGUCGUGAGAUCUAAGAGUUCGCUGAGAGAAGAUGUUUCACGCAAUAAACUCACCCUACAAGUGAUGAUAAGGCGUUUAGUUUAAGUGCCCAUGGCACUGGUGAACAGCUGUAUCUAAAAUUGGAAAUAAUCGACCAUAGCACCUAGCGAGUUCUCCUUGACCUUUUUCUUGUGCAUUGAAAGUACGAUUCGGCGGCCAAAAUGUUUCCCCGUUAAGCGCGCGGCCAAAACGAUCAUGUUACAUAGCUGUGACGUAGAAUACUGUGAAGACACGUCGGCAAUUAUCGUGAAGAAAGGAGAAAUAUAGAAGAGAGGAUGGACGUAUUGCAAGGCCGGAGCGCCAAAAGAUGUUAGCUACAGGAAUAAUACACACAAACUAGGUUUUUCUAUACACUACUUUCGAAAGGAUUUAGCUGUACGGCCAAAAUGGACGCGUUUCGAUCGUCGACAUCGAGGAGAUUUUACUCUUCAAUGUCAUCGGCCUUAUGCUCUAUACCGGCUUAGAAGACGCUUGUUACGAACACAUACCACUAGCCAGAUCAGGUUAAGAUAACCAAUGAAUUCUGCUGAAAAGAAUGCCGAUUAAGGGGUCUGUUCCCAUACCGUAAACGAUUGUCCAACAUUCUUUAUUUUAUUACUAAUUUUCGGCUGACGUUUCGCAAGCGAAGAAUGGUGAGCUCCUCAUUGUUGUUUAUUUCACGCGCUUGAGAUGUACUCCUUGUAUUUCCACAUGACUACAUUUCUGCUUUUCUUUUCCUAUAAAAAUCCUACCGAUUGUAAUUUACAUCGUAUUUUGAUAACAGAUUUACAUCAUUUGUAAUGAAGUUCAAGCCCUUUCCUGAGCUGACCGAUAUCCUGUUGCGUGAACAGUGUGAAACCUCUGGCGGAUACCGGUAUAAACACAUGCAAGCUCGAAGGGGCCGUGUAUUCUCCUAAGCUAGGUUUCCGAAAAUCCAUCCCACGGUCUAUCAAUUCCCCCAUGUCCUCAACAAACUAAAAGUAGUAACAGUAGCAAUGUUAUUGUGAUAGCAGCAUUGCAGCGAGAUAAAUGAGGAACCACAAAUUUCAUUGAAUUAGAUGGUAGCGAAUCCAAAUGCCGUGCCGGAAAGUCGAUGCGUACGAAAUAUUCAUUAAUAAUAUUGAUGUCAGUGAUUUCCUUUCAGCGGAAUGGGUCAUAUGACAAUGCUGCACAUAAACUAAAGAUGUUUUUCUUUAUUAAAAUCCCUAUUUGAGAUUAACUUGAAUCAAAUGGUAAUAAACUCAUUCGUUUUCCGUUCGGUUUGACCGGCUCGACGAUCGCGAUGAUAACCUUUGCCUUUGCAAUCUCCGGGAAAGGAGCAACUUACGGUGAAACAUCCCGGUGACUUCUCGGUGGAAAAAUCAUCGUGCCUCGUGAUACAGCUGAUUCUUUCGUCAAAAGUUAGCUUUUGGUUUACCAAGGGUAUUGCUCUACCGCAACGAAAUUCUAGAGCAGUGGCCAAGGGGAACCUUCGCCGUACAUAGUGCGAGGGAAUAAAAUGUUAUGGCAACAGAAACGAACACAGCUACCCAUUCUUAACAUAGAUUUUGCCAUAGAAAACAAAACACAAACGCAGCAAACUUUAAACAUUCAGUAAGGGGAAUUUUUUGUUUUAAUCUUCACCUAAGCACCGCAGGCGAGAAACCGUCUUUGUCAGUCUUCGUCGAAAUCUUCGUUUGAUGCACGCGGUUCUCCUUCAUAGGGCUGAACCGUACUCUACUACUUGUGUAUGAUGUAUCACAACUCUCGGUAGAGCUUGCUGAAGAUAGGUUUACAUCGCUAUCGGACAUAAUUUCCAGAGUAUUUCAACGCUGACUGAUACAAAAUUAUUAGCGAUGUGAGAGAUUUGCAGGUUUCAACUGAGAGUUUUCGCAGUUUUCUACGUCAUCACCUACUAAUUCGUUACCAGUCCACGGGACACUAUUAAGAUUAAAUACGAGCACUUGAGGGCCCGAAAAGUCCGAGUUUUAAGUUUUUUGAAAUUUUUCCAUUUUAUGAGCUAAAUAUUUAAGCUAAGAAGGAUUCAUACUGGGUAUAGAUCUAUCAAGGUUGGGACUAAUGUUUGUAAAGCAGCGAAACCCUCAAGUAGCAAAUUUGAGGGUGUUGUUUGUGUCCGAUGAUGCAAGAAUGGACUAAGACGGAUCUGGGGCAACUUACAAGCUGUUGAAGUACAGUCCUCCAAGUAAUUAGAAAAAACAACUUCGUGAUAUCCAAGAGGUCGCUGAGAGAAUGUUUCCUGUAAAUUCACCCUUACAAGUAAUGAUAAGGCGCUUAGUUAGUACAUGACUAUUCAGGCCUGUUCCAAGCGUUCUAGUUAGUAAAACAUAGCAAAAUAGCCAGGGCAGCAUAGUAGCGGCGUAAUGAAGAAGAGAGUGAGGUUUGGGUCUGGUAGGAAAAAGAAGAAGCUGGUUACACAACAUGACCCACCCCUCCCUCGUUUUUUCGCUCCUCUGCUACUCUCUCGCUGUUCAAUAUGGCACUGUAUUUUAGCAACUAAACGCCCGGAACAGGCUAUGCUUAUUCUCCUACACUCACAUGCUCCUUUUCGUUGUUUACAGUUUGUCCCAAGGAAGCAAUUCCUCUCUCAGGAAGCGGCAAAAUAAGCAGCACAAACUACCCAGAGAGUAACUACAAUGCGUCCAGAGAUUGUACCUGGAACAUUACCGCGCCAGCUGACAAAAUUGUAAACUUUACGUUUACUGACUUUGUCUUAAGUGAGUGUUCAACCAAUUGUUCGGAUUCAAGUUGUUCUUAUGUGGAGCUUUAUGAUGGUGGGUCAACAAGUUCGCCUUCGCUAGGGCGAUUUUGCCAGGGGUCGUCUUGGAAUAAGACUCACUUCUCGACUGGAAACCAAUUGUUUGUGAUGUUCCAUCCGGGACAAACAGUUGCUCGUGGAUUUGAAGCAGAAUAUUCAGUAUCUUCCCCCAAACCAACAACAUCACCACCUACAACAGAAACGAAACUGACAAGUGAGACGGCAACGACCGGUGAAUCAAGUACGACUGGUGGUAGGUACCUUGUAAAUCAUAUUUAAAACUCCUGUUUCAAUCAUGAGAAAAUUUUACACUAGCAAUUGUUUCUCAUAACUUUUCAUGCCACCCACGCUAGAGUCAUCUUCUGUGUUUUGUCUCUCAAAUGAUUAACAUGUAGUAAUCAAAUGACUUGAUCACUUUGAUAGGUGCAGCGUCCAAGAAAUCUUUAUCGACCGGCGCUUAUGUAGGUAUUGGAAUUGGUUCGGUAGCUGUUCUCGCAGUCGUUUUCAUCGCAAUUCGUGGUAAGUCCUAUCGCUUCCCUCUUGGAGGGAACAUGGGUGCGGUGCCAUAUUUACUUUUCAAUUUGUCUAGCGCUGGUGAGGAGGCCUUCACUUUAAGACUUCUGAUCAGGAACAUGAAUGACAGGGCCAUCUACUCCCUUUCUUUUUUUUGCAAUGAGAUCAAAGUGUUUAGAGGAAAAAAGUGGCGGGGUUAAAAGGAAAUCUCAGCUUUUUCAUCGACAUCAAAACUCUCUUUUAUCUGGUUGACUCGUCUGUCCGCAAUAAAAGCUUUGCGAGACCUUUGUGUCCAUACUACGCUUUUAUCGCCCUUCAGGAGAGAGUCUUAGGAUGUACUUAUCAAACAAGCGGCCAAAAGCUUUAUUCCAUAUUGUUGUAACCUUUUAUCAUCUUAUAUAUGUGUCCUUCUAAUCAGGGUGACUAGCCUGCGAUAUAAUUCCGGAAGUAAAUACUAGUAUGUCGUGCUUACUCAAAGAUGCGCGCCCCCGCAAACGCGCUUCCUUCGAAUUAGGAAGGUGCGAACAAAGGGGAGAUUGAGCAGGGAGUGGCGUAAUUUACGUUGUCACUUUGGUGAGCACUACGGCCAUCACCAGUACCGAUUGCAUUAUAAACAGAUUUAUUCGUUUUAUCCUAUUGAUAUUUUUGUUUCUGACAGCUUUAAGACGACAGAAUGGCGCGCAUGACGUGAACACAGACGGUGAACCGGGUAGUAAGUAUCAAGGCGACUACAAUCUUAAUGCUGGCCAGAACUCUGUAUACCAUGCACCAAAUACCGGGAAGCACUCCUACGAGUUGGGAUCUUUCCCUAACGGAGGAUAUGCUGGUUAAGCGGUUGAGAGUGUAGAAUAUGUAUCAAUUAAAAAAAAACCAUAUUGUUAUUAUCCGUAUGGCAAAUAAUGUUAUGGUAAAAUAUUUUUAAAAAAAUAAAUAAAUAAAUUUAAAAAAGCUGGUAAUAUGACGAUCCUAGUGCCAGUAUUUCGUGUAAUUAUUAUUGUUAGUAUUGUAGGCAGUGUAAGCAUUGUUAGUCGAGCAAGUUUCUGUGAGUUGCAACGCGAGUUUUUUGAGUGAUAUCUGUAUUGUAUGUAAUUGUAAGUGAAGUAAGCAUUGUUAGUAGGGUAAGUACUGUAAACUAUGUGAGUUUUUUAAGUAAUGUUAAUAUUGUGUGUAAUCGUUAGUAGUUUAAGUAGUACUGUAGUGUGUAGAGGAAGUAUUGUAAGUAGUUUGAAUUCUGUAAGUUGAAAAUUAUGGAAGAAAAAACAAAAGAGUGUAGAGGAUUAUGUUCACGAAUAGCCUGUUCCAAGCCCUCAGUCAAAGGAGACGAGUGAAACAGUGAACGCACGACUUAUGGAAGAUUCUGUUGUAAGGACAAAGGCUGCCUAACUCCCCGACCCCCACCCCCCACCACGUUCUUAUUAUUCGUGCGUUAGUUAUUUGGCUCAGACCAUGAACUGAGAGAUUGGUCACAAGCUGGAUUAUGAAGAAAUAAGGAAGAAAGCACAGCUUAGGGAUAGAAUAGAAAUAUUUUUACUAUCAGCUAUCACAAUCCAUUAGCACAGAUUACAAAGGGAUACAGAUUAGAGACUUUGAUAAUUUAAACUGUACGUAGUCUCUUGUUUUUCAAUAAUAAUCAGGGAGUAAAACAAAUUCAAAAUCCAUAACAGUAUUAAAGGUUUGGAAUUCGCUUUUUUUAGUAGAAACACAAUGCGCUUUAAUGUGUUUUGGGGACGAGAUAUUGUCCUCUCUUGAACUUUUUCAAAAAAAAAAGCAAACAAACAAACAAAAAAAAAAAAAACAACACAACAAAAAAACGGAGAAAAAUAAUAAAAAUGAAAAUGGAAUACUGGGCUAAUUGUCAUUUGCGGCGAUCCGAAAGGUUUCUUGAAAGUUGUUGCCUCUUUCAUGAUUAACAUUCACGGAGUGACUUGGUGAGAUAUGUCUAAUCGAAGAGCGAACAAGAAGACUUAAGUACAAACUGUAGCACGCUUUUUUGUCUAUAAUUAAUAUUUGCAUUUUAGGUAUAAUUUUUUUUGUAACUAAACGUUCUCUCUGAAUGUUAUUAGCACCAAGAUCAUUAUGGAUCUGCGAAUUGUUUCGAGUCAAAAGCCGCUUAUAUAAUUAUCUUCACUCGCUUGCUAAUUUAAUUAGUUUUAGCUUAAUUUUUACGGUGAGCACUUUUGAAGAACGCUGUUAUCGCACGCGAUAAGUAGCAGAUAGGCAACGCGCGUGCGGUUUUCUCGCACGCACGUGACUCUUAAUGCUCUUUUGAGUGCGUGCACAGGCUCGCAGUUAUGGAGUGACGUAAACCGACUUGUGUAAGUUCGUCUGAUAAUAAAAGCAAUACCCGCAUUUUAUAAAAUUAUUGCGUUGCAGCUUUUACAAAAGAUCUUGUUAACGUUUCCGGUAGAAUUUGAUUGAAUCCGUGAGCGUCAAGUAAAACUAUGUACGGGUUUAUUGUGGGAAUUCGAUCAAUACGUCUUGCUUCUGUGUGGAACCGAAACUAUCAAGUGUCAAGAACAGCGAUUUUAGGGUAUGACUAAGUGAGGACUUUCGUCACCUAAAAAACUGGCG